CCCUCCUGUGUGACAGCGGAGGCAGCUGUGACCGAACUGACGGGCGGAGGUACCAUCUUAAACCCAUAGAUACAGCGCAGGUAUUCCGUAAAUGGAGUAGCACCCACCCUGAGCUGGGCGCGGCAAACCUAUCUGUUUCCGAUCACCAGGACCGACUCCUUCCUCAUCUGCCCGCGAGGCGCGAUACACAGCAGAGAGCACCAGCAACGAAAUGGCACAGAGGAGCGCCUGGUGGCCGAGGACAAAUGGCCCUCUGCACUAACGGCCGGACUGUACGAGACGGUAGCUGUACCAGCGAGGAUCAGCAUUGAUGCAGGGCGCACCACUGGCUGAAGGAUCCGGCUGUUACCCUAACUACCCUGUCCCGCGCCACCAUUCCUUCCCCUUGACUUGCGGCUCUCCACUCGAACCCAACCCUCUCUGGUGAGCAGUGCCCAGAAGCAGGAACGGCUGUAGACAGCUUGGAAUUUUUUUUUUUGUGUUUAUUAAAAGCCAGCACAGGCGAGGCUGGCUCAUGCUCCAAACAAUCACUGCAAAAGAUUUCCUGACCAGGGGGCCUACCCGAAAGUGACACAUUUCCUCUUAGCCGAGGGUGAGUGGCUGACACCCAAGGCUGCCAAAGUACAGAAAGCAAAGUCAGCUCUCAGCGCACACUCACACAGAGGAGAGAGAGGAGGAAGAAUUGGAAACGACUGGAUUUCCGAUAAUUUACUGUCGGAGUAAGGGACCUGAGGGUACGACUAGCCCUCCAUUUCACACUUGGUGCAACCCUCUCCUUGGAAGAAAUGGGCAGAUAGGAUCGAAGCCACUUCUCCUGAUGAAACAUCCAAACUGAGUCUAUAAGUGUCCUCUAGGAUGAAUGUAAAAGAUACUGUGAUUACUGUCGCAAAGGUUGAUGGAGUUGGACUGACAGAGCCGGGGUUCUGGGGGGGAGGGGGGUGGGGGAAGAAGAGGAGGCGAGCAGCAACGCUGGGAAGGCAGACAGAGAGAGAGAGACAUGGUGCGGCGGACCAACGUGAUCGUCUGGGGGGUGCUGCUCUUCAUCGGCUGGAACCUGCUCCUGCUCUUCUUCCUGCUGGGCCGGCCGCCGCCGUCCGGAGGAGGAGGGGGAGCAGGGGACACCGACCCGGAGCAGCUGACCCGCGAGGUGGUGCGGGUGGCCGAGGAGGUGGAGGCCGAGCUGGAGAACCAGAAGCGGCUGCUGCAGCAGAUCCAGCGGCACCGGGGCCUGUGGCGGGGGCGGGCUAAGGCUCCCACUGCCGCCCGUUCCUCCCUCCCGGGGGGCAGCGAGGCGCAGGACGCGGCGGAGGAGGUGCUGCCGGUGCUGGUGAUCGGCUGCGACCGGCCCACCAUCCGGCGGUGCCUGGACAAGCUGCUGCAGUACCGUCCCUCCAAGGAACUUUUCCCGGUGCUCGUGAGCCAGGACUGCGGCCACGAGGAGACGGCGCGCGUCAUCGCGUCGUACGGCGACCAGCUCGUGCACCUGCGCCAGCCGGACAUGUCAGAGCCGCGCGUGCCGCCCGAGCACCGCAAGUUCCGCGGCUACUACAAGAUCUCGCGUCACUACCGCUGGGCGCUCAACCAGGUCUUCCGCAACUUCCGGUACCGGGCCGCCGUCGUGGUGGAGGACGACCUGGAGGUGGCGCCCGACUUCUUCGAGUACUUCCGGGCGCUGCUGCCGCUGCUGCGCCGCGACCCGAGCCUGUGGUGCGCCUCGGCGUGGCACGACAACGGCAAGGAGCAGAUGGUGGAGUCCGGGAGGCCCGAGGCGCUGUACCGCACCGACUUCUUCCCGGGCCUGGGCUGGAUGCUGCUGAGCGAUACCUGGGAGGAGCUGGAACCCAAGUGGCCCGACGCCUUCUGGGACGACUGGAUGCGCGGGCCGGAGCAGCGGCGCGGGCGCGCAUGCGUGCGGCCCGAGGUCUCGCGCACGGUGACCUUCGGCCGGCGCGGGGUCAGCAACGGCCAGUUCUUCGACCAGCACCUGCGCUUCAUCAAGCUCAACGACCGCUUCGUGCCUUUCCGCCGCCUCGACCUGUCCUACCUCAGCCGGGAGCUGUACGACCCGGCCUUCGCCCGGCAGGUGUACGGCUCUCCGGCCGUGCGGGUCGACGAGCUGCAGCGGGGCGAGCGCACCGAGCUGCGCCGGGUGCGGGUGCAGUACUCGUCCCGGGACACCUUCAAGGCCUUCGCCAAGGCGCUCGGCGUCAUGGACGACCUCAAGUCGGGCGUGCCCCGCGCCGGCUACCGCGGCGUCGUCAGCUUCAUGUACCGAGGCCGCCGCGUCUACCUGGCGCCGCCCCAAGACUGGACCGGAUACGACCCCACCUGGAGUUAGCACACCCACCCAAAAAAAAAACCCCCCUUUUUCCCCCCCCCCCCAGCCCUUCUCUGCCUCUUCCCCAAAAUACCCGCUUCCUUCAUAGCCCCAUCCCUGUCUCUGUCAGGGAGAUGUCAAAGCUGGAGUUGUUUGGGGGGUGGGUGUUGUUGGUGUUUCAACCCUGGGAUAUCAGACUGCCGUCUGUUAGGAAUGGGGAGGGGAGGAGUGUUUGAACGAGUUGUAAAUCUGCGCCCCCCCCCCCUCACCACCACUUUCCCUUUGAUUCAGUAAGAUGAGGAAGGUUUGCCAACUUUGGGAAGCCAGACUGCUGCUGACCGGGGGGUGGGGGCUUCAACUAGUUGUGAAUCUGUCCCUUUCCUCGAUUUGAUGGGGAAGGGAAGGUUUUCCAAUUUGCAAGAUUAGGCUGCUCACUGGGGGGGGGGGGGGGGUUAUGCUAAUGUCAGUCUGUCCCCUUCUCGAUUUGGUGAGGGGGUGGUGUGGGUUUCACGUUUGGGAGAUUAGACUGCUGGCUGGGGUGAGGGUGGGGUCAGAACUAGUUGUAAAUCUGUCCCCUUCACGAUUUGGAAAGGUUUUCAAGCUUGGGCAAUUAGACUGCUGACUGGGGAGGGUUAUAACUACUGUAAAUCUCCCCUUCUUGAUUUAGUGGGGUGAGUUUUCAAACUUUGGGGAUUAGACUGCUGACAGUGGGGUUUAGAACCCACCUCGAUUUUUGACUCCAGUGUCCUCUUGCUGGAGGAAAGGAAUCUGACAGGGAUGGUUUUGGACUGACCUCCUGAAUGGAGUGAGAGGGAGGGCAGGGGUGGGCUGUGUCCCAGAGACCGACAAAUACAAGCUGAGGGUCUUACUCGUUGAAAAUGGACAUUGGCUUUGGGGUUUAGUGGUUGACUCGCCUAGUUAGGGGCUGCCUUUGUCUGAUUCACUCAACUGCAGUGUCUUUGAAGAGUCGUCAUUGAUGACCAGUACUGAAUUAACCCCUGCUCACUCUGUCCUCUUACCCCACUUCCCCGAAACCUGUCGUUAAUCUGGAGUCAGAACCACAUAAAAUAAGCUUGAACUCCACACACUAUCACAAGUAACAUGGCAUGGGGUAGCCUCUUGCAAGGAGUGAUAGAUGGUGUUACUAUCAUUUUGUAUGCUCAGAAUCCACGAAGGUGGAACAAUUUCAGCCCUUGGGAGAGAAGGGUGUUUGAAUACUUGUGUAGUGAGCUGCUAUCCUGGGGCAGAGAGGGAGUCCACCCAAAUUUCCUUCUAUAUAUUUCCCUCUCUGUUUUUCUUCCCUGAACCCCACCCCCUGACAUGUUCUACACCCAACCCAGGCAAAACAUAAUUGGGGGGAGGGAGUAAAAACUAAAAUGUACCUAAAGGAAGGUGCUGAGGACAGCAGUACAUUUUGACCUGAAUUAUUCUCUGCCCCACUGCACCCAGCUAAACCAAAGCCUGAUGUCCUUGACACUGACAUCAGUGCAGGAGGUUCAGCCCUCACCCUUAUGGUCACUUCACCUCUCCAAAACGGAAACAGUCUGUCAACAAGAAGGUUUAAGGAAAGACACACUGGAUAUUGCAGGAGCCAAUGUUUUAUCAGUCAGGAUAUUUUUGGGCAGUUGGGCACCUGGUUGGAAAAUCAUGGGACAGUGCCAGUGUAUAAUGUGACACCAUUGAAUGUGAAUGACAUACAAAAAUCAGACAGCUGCCUGGGGUCCUUUGCUCAGACUCCAGCUGGCCUCCCUAAUGUGAAGCAUCCCCCCCUCCCCCGACAUUGAGAGAAAGUCCUUUCAUCACCCAUGGGUGCUUAAAGUGAUAAUCCUCAUUCUGACCUCCAUCUGAGUGGCUGGGUGACAAAGGGCACUCACUACAAUUUUUAUUUUUAUUUCACAAAUUUAUAUAUAUAUAAUAUAUAUAUAUGGGCAGAGAGUGUGCUUUCCCCAUUUACACUUUGUGUAUUUUGAGCAAUUUCUAUAUUUUUAAAAAAAUUGUCCAUUUAAAUUGGGGGAAUGUUACUACCCACCCACCUCGCAGAAAGACUUCCAUCCGUCCCUUUGACAAUCCUGGGUUGGGGCUGAGGCAGAAGGGAAUGGCAGCAGUUGUAAAUAAGUUUAAAUACACAUCUAUAUAUCUUAUACAGCAUCUAUUUCUAGACCUGGGAUGUUUGUUAUAUGUGACUUUUUUUUCUCAAUGAAGCUGUGAUUGACUUGCUAUGAUCUCAUUAAACACAAGAUGUUUGUAUGUUUUACAAUAAUCCCUCUGGAUUUAAAUGGAACUAUUUUUCUGUGGGUUCUGCUGACAGGCAGCAUGCAUCAAAUAAGAGAGGGGAAGGGGAGGGAAAUCACUAUAUAUUUUUAUCCCACCUCUCCCACCCACACAUACAACUUGGUAUUGGCAAAAGCAAACCAAAUUGAUUGGGUCUUGGGUGGAAAGAAGGAGCUAAGUGAAUUUGUGUGGGGGAAGUGAGGUAGGGAAGGGGUUAAUUGGGAUUGAGAGUAUUCUUAUGGAAAUUUACAGAUGAUAUGUUAUUGAGCCAACUUAUUUUUUUAAACUAUACUGGGAUGGGUUUCUUUUUGGUUGGGCACAGGUAGGGUUACAAGAGAUGCUACAUCCACCAGUGUGCUGGUAGCUGGUGAGGCCUCGAUGAUUGGGUUCUGCCAACACUGCUGCUGCAGGAUGCUAGCUUGACCUUCCUUGGGGAGGGUUGCCAAAUCGUACAGAAUUACCAUUGGAGUCUCCAAGGAAUUAGAGAUUCAUCUCCCUGUGAGCCACCCAACAGAGAAAACCUUGGACAAGCAAAACUGUUUGAAACCCUUUUUCUUUAUCUAAGGUAUUGCGAGUGGGUCUUUUCUUUAUUGCAUUAAGGUUUAUGGUGGUGGUGGGAGUUACUCUGAUUUUUUUUUUAAACUGUGGAACAAAAAAGUACCAUGUAGUUGGAAAUCUUCAGUCAAAGCAGAGGAGUCCUGCUCCGAAAAUGAUCAGGUGGCAGGAAACGAGAUUGCAGGCUCAAAGGUUGUCUGCCUUGAAGAUAAACAAUCAAAUACUAAUCUGAUCUUCACCUUCGCCCUGCAACCUAUUUCCAAAGGUUUGCCUCGAACACCUUAGGUUUUUCUUUCAAAAAAACUUUUGCCCUCCUGUGAUAUUCUAGACAGUGCCAUCGAGAUUAAUCUUCAAUUCUCGGAGACUCCAGUACUGGCAUCCCUUGGUUUAUGAAGCCAGUAAUUGGGUGACAGUUGUUGCGAGGCCUGGUUAUUUGGGUGUUGAUUUGUCUACAGGAGUGCAGGCUCACGCCGCUUCCAAAUCAGCAGGUUUACUGUGUAGCCAGGACAGGAUGGAUAGUUUGGACUGGGUUAGAAUGGACAAGGGCGAUGCUAAGGGGAAGGGAAUUCAACACUGGAUUAGAAGGUGGGUAAAGCAAUCCCCUCCACCCAUUUCCCUGUUCGUGAUCUUCACUGCUGGCAAGUGCACGACAGGUGAGGGCACCCAAGGUUGAAAAGCCCACUAACCCAUGCUAUCUAGGGUUGUGGAUGCAGAGGAGAUGGGAUUUCAGACUGGGCACACAUGGAGUCCACAGGUACAACAAGUUCAAAGGCCUUGGUGAAUCUUUACAUUGGGAUUUCCACCAUGUUUAUAGUCGGGGGAACAGGAAGCUGAACGGGCAAAGACCAAUUUGCUAAGACUGCCCUGAUCCUCACCUUCACUGUGCAGCCUGGUUCCAAAUUUCCUCGCCAUUUAUAAAUUUUAGAAUUAAACGAAAGUACACACUGCCUUUGUAGAGGAGAAACUCUUUUAAGGGUGCUGAUUUUUCUUAAAAAAAGGCAAAGAACCAAGGAAACAGGUCUGGGAUAAAUGAUGCCAAGGGUCAUCUUUUUCUAUUGAGGUGUAAGUUGAUAUGCCCCUGAGAUUGGUAACUUUUGAACUAGCACAAAUGACAGCCUGUGGGUUUCUGGCUUUGUUACAAUUUAAUCCAUUCUGACCACAAGUUCAUGCCUUGAACUCACACUGUUUCCUCAAAUCUGUUUAAAGACAACUUGCUGAGGCGUGUGAUAAUACAGGCUCUGAAAGGAUGUGCCCCCAACACUCUCCCAGCCUUUGUAAGGGGAGUUAAUUCUGCAGGAGAUACUGAUUGGGUGUUUAUUAUUAUUUUCUCUCCCCCACUAUUUUGUUACUUGUGUGACUUUUUUUUGAAAUAAUAAAAAAACUGUUCUUUGUCCUA